UUGUAAUCGACUACGGGAAACAUAACCUGUUAGAGAUUUAAAGUUCUAUUGGAAAAUUUUGCCUAUUUAUUGCUUUAGUAUAAUUUUUCAUAUCAUAUCAAAAGAUAGCAAAAAUGCCAGAUCAUCUUGGAGAUGAUAUGCGAAAAGUCAAGUCCGACGAAGAUAAAGAAGAAAAAGACAUCAAACCUCUCGAUGAAGGUGAUAUCGCGCUAUUAAAAACAUACGGACAAGGUCAAUACACAAAAAGCAUAAAAGCAGUCGAAGAGGAUAUACAAACUAUCAUAAAGCAGGUCAAUGAGCUUGCUGGAAUUAAGGAGUCUGAUACUGGAUUGGCACCACCAGCCCUUUGGGAUCUUGCAGCAGAUAAACAAACUCUUCAGAAUGAGCAGCCUUUGCAAGUUGCUCGAUGCACAAAAAUCAUCAAUGCAGACUCGGAUGAUCCUAAAUACAUUAUCAAUGUCAAACAAUUUGCCAAGUUUGUGGUUGAUCUUGCAGAUUCUGUUGCACCCACCGACAUUGAAGAAGGUAUGAGAGUUGGUGUGGACCGUAACAAGUAUCAGAUUCAUAUACCUCUCCCACCAAAAAUUGAUCCUACUGUCACUAUGAUGCAAGUGGAAGAGAAACCUGAUGUAACUUACAGUGAUGUUGGUGGGUGCAAAGAUCAAAUUGAAAAGUUAAGAGAGGUUGUGGAAACUCCACUACUGCAUCCUGAGAAAUUUGUAAAUUUGGGUAUCGAGCCACCAAAAGGAGUGCUAUUGUUUGGACCUCCAGGAACUGGAAAAACAUUGUGUGCAAGGGCAGUUGCAAACAGAACAGAUGCUUGCUUUAUUCGUGUUAUUGGUUCAGAAUUAGUACAAAAAUAUGUUGGAGAAGGUGCUAGAAUGGUAAGAGAGCUAUUUGAAAUGGCUCGUAGCAAGAAAGCUUGCCUCAUAUUCUUUGACGAAAUUGACGCUAUUGGUGGUGCUCGGUUCGACGAUGGAGCUGGGGGUGACAACGAGGUUCAAAGAACUAUGUUGGAACUUAUCAAUCAGCUUGAUGGUUUUGACCCAAGAGGAAACAUCAAAGUACUCAUGGCAACGAAUAGACCAGACACUCUUGACCCAGCUCUUAUGCGACCUGGUCGUCUUGACCGUAAGAUCGAAUUUGGUCUUCCAGAUUUGGAAGGUCGUACGCAUAUUUUCAAGAUUCACGCACGUCCAAUGAGCAUUGAGCGUGAUAUCAGGUUUGAAUUGUUGGCCCGUCUUUGUCCCAACAGUACUGGUGCAGAGAUUCAUUCGGUCUGCACUGAAGCUGGCAUGUUUGCUAUUCGUGCUAGACGUAAGGUUGCUACCGAGAAGGACUUCCUCGAGGCCGUCACCAAGGUUAUCAAGUCGUACGCUAAGUUCUCCGCAACGCCCAAGUAUAUGGCUUAUAAUUAGAGUGAUUUUCUGUUACACGAUAAUAAGUCAGAUUGAUUGAGAAACGAGGCUUAAGUUAAGAAAAUUUAAUUUGUACGUUUUAAUGAGAAAUACAAAUGUUUUUAAAGAA